UCCAUACCAGUAAGUGGCGGUAAUGCUACUAAAAGUUUGUUGCCAACCGCCAGUAAAUCCAAGAAGAAGAAGAAGCAGAAGAAGAAGAAGACUGCACCGUGCUUUCAGACGUACGGAAGCCGGUCCUGCUGGGAUAAGAGAGUGACCAUGGUUCUCAAAGAUAUUCCAGUUGAUAACAUUGCCCGUCCUUUGGGGAGGAACGAGGUAAUUGGUCUGCUUUUCCGACUCACCAUAUUUGGAGCUGUAACCUACUUCACCAUCAAGUGGAUGGUGGACGCUAUUGACCCAACUCGAAAGCAGAAGAUGGAGGCUCAGAAGCAGGCUGAGAAAUUGAUGCGUCAGAUCGGAGUGAAGAACGUCAAGCUGUCGGAGUACGAGAUGAGUAUUGCUGCUCAUCUGGUGGACCCAUUGACCAUGCAGAUCACCUGGAGAGAUAUCGCUGGUCUGGAUGAGGUCAUCACUGAGCUGAAGGAGACUGUGAUCCUGCCUGUUCAGAAGAGACACCUGUUCCCGAACUCCAAACUGCUGCAGCCUCCCAAAGGUGUACUGCUUUAUGGCCCCCCCGGCUGUGGAAAAACACUGAUUGCCAAGGCAACAGCGAAGGAGACGGGGUUUCGCUUUGUCAACCUGCAGCCAAGCACACUGACGGACAAGUGGUACGGGGAAUCACAGAAACUGGCUGCUGCUGUAUUCUCCUUGGCUGUUAAGCUGCAGCCUUCUAUAAUCUUCAUUGAUGAGAUUGACUCGUUCCUGAGGAGUCGCUCAAGCUCAGACCACGAGGCUACAGCCAUGAUGAAAGCCCAGUUUAUGAGUCUGUGGGAUGGACUAGACACAGACCAUCAUUGCCAGGUGAUCAUAAUGGGCGCGACCAAUCGUCCUCAGGACCUGGACUCUGCCAUUUUGCGGCGGAUGCCAACCAGGUUUCACAUCAGCCUACCUAGCGAUAGGCAGCGAGAGGACAUCCUUCGACUGAUUCUGACGAACGAAAACGUGGAUGACCGUGUGGACCUUAAACUUGUUGCCAAGGAGACCGAGGGUUUUUCAGGAAGUGACCUCAGAGAAACGUGUCGUGAUGCGGCACUGCUCUGCGUCCGAGACUUUGUCCACAACCAGAGCACCAGCUCGGAGGUAGAUGACCCUAUACGUGCUAUAUGUCAGGCUGACCUGCAGACCUCAAUCAACAAGAUGAAGCACUCCAAGGCAGCAAACAUUCAUGGUGUUCUGGUGCACGCCGCUCUGGACUGAAUGCUUGGGUCAUAUAAACUUCCAAUGCCUCAGCUGGUGUGGAAACGCAUUGAGCAUGUGCCACUUACUGCUUUCUGACAUCUUUGUUUCCUGUCUCCUCCAUGGUUGGGUACCCAUCCAGGUGUUCAUAGUUACACCACAGUUCUCUGUGAAGCUACCUAGGGAUGUGCCACCUCACCAAAGUUCUUAUAAUCUUUCCGCUGUUGUCACCUCCGACCUGAAGACGCUGAGAUGUUCUGAAUUUGAAAAUAAUCCUCACUGUCUCAAAGCUAAUAAAUUUUAAUCAUUAGGCAAAACCCAUAAAUUUGGUAAAACAAUUAAACUGCUGACAAAUUGGUCAGGAGCAGCACUCUGUGAUGACACAUAGCAAGCAAUUAUCAACAUAAAGUCAUUUAUAAUUGAUUAAUACUUUUAUUGUUCCUUUAUUCUAUAUGUUUUUGUGACUUUUAUAAUUUUCUGAGGGAUGGUUGUGUAUUUAUUAUUUAUAUCUAACCAUGGUGGGGUAUUGUGUUCUGUUCAGCUCUGAUUGUAAACAAUCUGAAGAGUUUUUUAUGCAGUAGAAAAAUAAAAAGCAAAUUAUUAUUUAUUUUAACGCA